AUGAAGAAAAUCGAUAAUGAUGUUGAAGAACAAAAGAUUGAAAUUAUUUUUGAUAAAUUGAUCAUGUUAUUGGAUUAUUUACGAGAGAAAGACAUUUUCGAACGAUCUUAUCAACGACCGUUAGCUCAACGUCUUCUCUCAAAUAAACCGAUAUUAGAUAAUAUGGAAAAGAAUAUGAUAUUACGAUUGAAAACUAAAUGUUCUUCUCAAUUUACAAAUCAGUUGAAGGGUAUGUUGGAAGAUAUAUUUGUAUCCAACGCAAAAAUGAAUGAAUUUCGACAUUAUGUUGAUCAGAAAUCACUCAAUAUGCAUAGAAUUGAUCUUUCUGUAUUAGUUUUAAAAACGGGACUUUGGCCAUUCCAAAGUACGAAUUAUCAAUAUAAUCUGCCACAAAUGGUGUAUGAAGUCUAUCAAUAUUUUCAAAGUUUCUAUCUGAAUAUGCAUAGUGGCCGACGAUUGAUAUUACAACCGAGUUUGGGUACAGCAGAUUUGACUGCAGUUUUUUAUGAUCAACCAAAAAACGAUGAUUUCGAUGAAGGGAAAUCACAACCUACGAUAAUUAAAAUGAUCAAAAAACGAGAACAUACGUUACAAGUUUCAACCUAUCAAAUGAUUAUCUUAAUGUUAUUUAAUACUAAAGAGUCAUGGUCAUUUGAGGAAAUUCAUCAAGAGACAAAUAUCAGUGAGAAAAGCCUUGAACGUGCCUUAUUACCACUGAUCAAGGGCAAUAUAACACAACAGAUUCUUUUCAAUGAAUCUAAUAACAAUAAUAUUCAAUCGAGUGAUCGAUUUUAUGUUAAUGAUUCAUUUACAUCCAAACUUCAUCGCAUUAAAAUCAAAUCGAUUAUAACAGGAUCUGAAAACGAUUUCGAACAGCGAGAAACUCGAAAACAAGUUCAACGUGGUCGUCGACAUGAAAUCGAUGCAGCUAUUGUACGAAUUAUGAAGACUCACAAAACCAUGGGACAUUCUGAACUGAUCACUGGAGUCAUAAAUCAACUAAAAACACGAUUUCAAGUUGAUCCACAUUUAAUUAAACAAUGUAUUGAGCGAUUGAUCGAAUCUGACUAUUUAUUACGAUCAAAAGAUGAUGCGAAAAUAUACAAUUAUGUAGCUUGA